UCACCCGGGUGCACACUCUAACUUCAUGUUGAUAUGCUGCCCCCAGUUUGGAGUGUGGAGGAGGAGUUCGACAGGUGGCCAAUUUUUACAGAUGGCACCUUUAAUCCAGGAGAAGGCUAUUUCGAAUUGAGAGGUUGAAGCAGGUCGCGCGUGCGUGCGGUUGGGGAGUUUCUCGGUUGUUAAAGUCCGUUUCAGUUCCUGUUUGUGUGUGUUACAGUGUGUGUGUGUGUUACAGUGUGUGUGUGUGUUACAGUGUGUGUGUGUUACAGUGUGUGUGUGUGUUACAGUGUGUGUGUGUGUGUGCUGGUAUUUAUGUGCUUUAACGCGUGCACGGUGCGCGAGCUCUCCGCCCGAUAGUGCCGCUUGCACAUUGGUGAACGCGCGCGUGAACGGCGCGAGCAUGUACAACAACAUUCUCUCGUGGACGGGUUCGGGCGCGCGAGCUGUCAGAGACGCGAUUUCUACCCGAAUCUGGAGUGUAACGGACUCAGCGCGAGAGGUUCAGUUCACAGACUGCUCCGCGGCGCCUCACGGCUCCAGCACCGAUACCGGCCAGAAGAAGACGCCUGACAAGAAGGAUGGACGCCGUAUGUCCUUCCAGCGACCCAAGGGGACCAUCGAGUAUUCCGUGGAAUCACGGGACACUCUGAACAGCAUAGCAUUGAAAUUUGACACCACCCCUAACGAGCUGGUUCAGCUCAACAAGCUGUUCUCCAGAGCCGUCGUCCCCGGACAGGUUCUGUACGUUCCUGAUCCCGAGUACGUGUCAAGUGCGGGCAGCUCCCCAUCCCUCAGCCCCAUCAGCCCUCUGUCUCCGACUUCCUCCGAGGCCGAACUAGAGAAGGAUUCCGAUGGAGGUCCUCGCUCAGACACCCCAGCCUCGGCACCGCCAGCUUUCUCGGCACUGCGCCACUCCCGCAUCGUCUCUUCUACCUCGGAGGAAGAAGAGGCGCUUACUGAGAAGUUCCUCAAAAUCAACUGCAAGUACAUCACAGAUGGCAAGGGGGCUGUAAGUGGGGUGUUGCUGGUGACACCUAACAACAUCAUGUUUGACCCUCACCGGACGGACCCGCUGGUGCAGGAGUGCGGCUGUGAGGAGUACGGCAUCAUGUGCCCACUGGAGGAGGUGCAGUCUGCAGCCGUGUAUCGGGAGAUCACAGACAGCAAGAUCCGUGAAUCCUUGCCCAUUGACAUCGAUGCAUGGUUCUCAGGGCCUGUUCAUCACGCAGAACUGCGUCUGAGAGAGGCGCACGACAGCGGCAGCACAGCCCCGCGUAGCACGGACGCCUCACUUUCCGAGGACGUGUUCACCGAACCCGAGCUCUCACCUAUCCGUGAGGAGCAGCCAACCACCCAGCAGGUCCAGAGCGAGGACCAGUCGUCCUCUGAAUCCGGCCACACAGUCAGGCAUGACCAAGAGGCAAAGGGAGACGCAGGAGGAGAAUCCUCCAGGGCUUCAGAUGAGCCCCAAAACCAGGAGCAGCUAAGCACACCAUCCAGCAGGGACCAAGAACAGCACCAGCCACAAGCUACACCCUCCCAGAGUUCCACUGCCACAGUAGUCACAGAUCAGGAACGUGACCCAGACGAGGCUAAAACCACCAGAGACGGCAAGCGGGACUCGGAAACCGAUGUGGAGGAGCUGAGAAAGAUGUGGAAGAGUCACACUAUGCAACAGGCUAAGGAGCAGCGAGAAAAUGCACAGCACACACAGAAAGACACUGCCGCGUCAGGCAAAGGCAGUCAGAGACCGGGCUCAGCAGAGGGUCUGGCUGCAUUCAGGGAGAGACGGCUGUCCCGGUCUCAUAAGUUUCUGUGCCUGCGAGUCGGCAAGGCCAUGAAGAAAACGUUUCUGUCCAACGCCAGCGCCUCCAUGCAGCAGUAUGCCCAGCGUGACCGUAAACACGAGUACUGGUUCUCCGUGCCACAGGAGAGGUCAGACCACCUUUACUUGUUCUUCAUCCAGUGGAGCCCAGAGACAUUCAGCGAUGUCAUGGGAAGUCUUAGCCGCGAGCCCGGGUUCAUGGUAGUCAAAAAAAUCGAUGAAGCCGACAACGAGCAGACGACAUCAGAUUCCUCGUCCAAGGAGUGGGAGGUAGUGUCACUGAGCGAACACCACCGCCGGAUCGAUGCGCUAAACACUGAAGAUCUGCGCGCCCUGUGCAAACGGCUCCAGAUCACUACAAAGGAGGAGGUGAACUCCAAACAUGGCACAUCCAUCACAGCCAGCCUGGAGCCAGAGACCUUUAAACCCAACUUGAGCGAACCUAGCGACCUCCUGGAGGCCGAACAGAUAGAAAAGCUGGCAAAGCAUCUCCCACCCAGAACCAUAGGCUAUCCGUGGACGCUGGCAUUCAGCACAUCCAAGCACGGUAUGAGUAUUAAAACCCUGUACCGGAUCAUGCAGAGUCAGGACUCUCCCGUGCUCCUCAUUAUUAAAGACAGUGACGGGCAGGUGUUUGGGGCAUUAGCGUCAGAGCCCUUUAAAGUCAGCGAAGGAUUUUACGGCACGGGAGAAACGUUCCUCUUCUCCUUCUAUCCACAGUUUGAGCCCUACAAAUGGACAGGUGAUAACAUGUUCUUUAUCAAAGGAGACAUGGACUCCCUGGCAUUUGGUGGAGGAAGUGGUGAAUUUGGUUUGUGGCUGGAUGGAGAUCUCUACCAUGGUAGGAGUCACUCGUGCAAAACUUUUGGGAACCCGAUGCUCUCCAUGAAGGAGGACUUCUUCGUGCAGGACAUUGAGAUCUGGUCGUUCGAGUAGGCCACUCUCUCCAUGGAAGAGAGAGAGAGAGAGAGGGGAGAGAGAGAGAAAGAAAGAAAGAAAGAAAGAAAGAAAGAAAGAUGGCUCCAGUCAGGGAAAGAAAGCCAAGCAGAUGUCUCUGUGCUGGCCAGAAGUGUCCCAAACCUUAAUGUGCAUCACCUCAGCUCCCAGGAAGCCUGUUUUAAAGAAGCAUAGUCUCUUUAUGGUAAUCCUGCAUUUAACGCAAAUCUCUCUCUCUCUCCCCUCCCCAUUCUCUCUUUCCUCGUGCUGUUACCAUGUGUACUUUGUUCCGAGCUUCAGUGCAAGGUGUUUUUAGGUGAGCAGAAGAAGGCUGAGACGGACGCAGUGUGACAAUCAUCAGUGAGCGUUCAUAUACUGGUUACAGGUGACCACUGAACAUCAGAUGGUGAUGCUGGCAUAGGUUUGGGACGAGAUGGAUCCAUUACCGACCGAGACAGAAGGCAUCAUCCUUUUGGGUAAUAAUUUGAUGUUCCUAAUGCAACGGCCUCACUGGAGGAGAUGGACAAAAAAAAAAGGAAUGGAAGUAAUUCCAAACACACUUCCUGUGCCCUUCGAGACUAAAACAUUUUGACGGGUAAAAGGAUCGCCCGAUCAAGUCGGCGUCCAUACAGAGCGCAAAUAAAAUGCAAGUGUACAUCAGGCGUGGGUUCUUCUACAGCGAAUUAUACAAGUCUUGUGAAUUCAUAGUCUUUCUGUCAUUUACCAUCAUAGAUCCACCGUGGGAAAGCACAUAGCCCUUAAUCUAAACAUUGUCGUACCGUUCUGUUCAGUGGGUUUAUGUGUGAGUUCAGCUUCCUCCGUGUGUGGAGGGUCGUGUGUACUGUUCGUAGACAGUAAUGUGUCGCAAUAGAUUUUGUGGAAUAUGCAAAUUACUGUUCUUGUUAACCUCAAUAAUCCAGACGGGGUCUUUUGUCUCCUCUUCCCGUCGCUCUUUCAAGCAAACUUUUGAAAGCUUUUACGUCUCAACAGAGAAAUUGCUUUUCAGAGUGGCAUUUGAAAAGCUUGAGAUGUAUUUGUUUGGGGUUUUUUUCAUAAAUAUAAUGACAAUUAUAUAUUUAUGUAUAUAAUUAUAUAACAAAUUCUAUAUAUAUAUAUAUACAGUAUAUAUGUAAUUAUAUAUUGCUGUUAUGUGUGACAGUGAUCAUUUUUGUGCUGAUAUCUCAGCUGUUACCAAUAUAAUGUACAGUAUAUUACCCUGUAAAUUAAUGUUAAAAUAGUAGAUUUGUUCCUAUAUAUAAAUAAUUACUAGCAGACAAAUAUAUAGAGUGUGGAUUGGUGGGUUGCUUCUAGCACUUUAAUCUAGUUUAAAGCCAGAUGCUUACGGCUUUCUUUGCAGUAGCUGUACAGUCUUUAUUAUAUAUAUUUUUUUUUGUGUGUGUGUGUGUGUGUGUUUAGAAAUUAAGAUGUUAGCUGUUUUAUGAAGAGCUUUCUGCUACACUGUCGGUGGAAAAAAAAUGUAGCUAAAGCCCUGAAUCUAAUGUCCGAGUCCAGUGGGGUUUAGGUUCUCUCCUCACACGUCUCGUCCCGAUGCCGUGUCUUUGUCGGUGUGUAGAUUCACAGUUCACAGGCUGAAGGAGAAUGAGGAGGGUGACGAAGAACAGGUAAUCGUCAGACCCUCAUCACUCUUCCCACACCAGCGAGUUCUGUCCAUGUGGAGUCACAGACGAGGUCCAGCGUGAACAAAAUGCUCCAGCUGAUUUGCUGGAAUAGAGUGUAAUAGUGAUGUAAAAAAAAAAAUCAAUAAAAAUUACUGUAACCUGAGAAA